GGAGGGCUUAAUGCCCCAAAACAGGCAGAGGAAAGACUAAAGCAGCACCAUUCUUCAGCCAGAUCAGCCUUCAUUCCUCCAGGAUACUGCUUUAUCAAAGGGGUUUUACCUUCACAACAGCUCCAUAAGGGCGAGAAAAUGAACCUCGAUCACAACACAUCAGACCACAAUGAAACACUGUGGUUCUAUGAAUGUACCCUCAACCUGGACCGGGAAUCUCGGCGCAUUGCACUGUUCCUGCUCUACCUGUUCCUGUUCAUGGUUGGUUUGUUGGAGAACUGUCUGGUGAUUUGGGUAAACUGGCAUCGGCGACACUCGGCCAGUGGUGUACUCUUCUGUGUUAUCAACAUCAGUCUGUCUGACCUGAUGGUGGUUUUCACUAUGCCAUUCUUCAUGCUGGAGAUCGCUAUGGAUGAGGUUUGGGUUUGGGGCCGAUUCCUGUGCAAGGUUACGCACCUCAUCUACGUCAUCAAUUUCUACAGCAACUCCUUCUUCCUUGCCUUCAUGACUCUGGAGCGGUACCUGACCUUAACACGGCCAACCACGCCCGCCUGCUUUCCACUGCAACCCAGGCACCGGCGAUGGCUGCUGUGUGCUGGAGUGUGGCUUCUGUGCUUGGUGCUGGCACUGCUAGAAAAUGUACAUGUGGACCUGCUUGAGUGGAAUGAACCAGGGUGCUACAUGAUACCUGAGAAUAACUUCAGUGAGUGGUUUCUCUCUCUUGCCUUCUUCUCCCUUAUCUUUCAGUUUUUGGGCCCUGCGUCGGUCAUCAUCACCUGUAACAUCCUGAUUGCACGGGUCGUGCAUGCCUCUCCGGACAUCCAAAAUCACAGAGAUCUAUGGAUUUUGCGUGUGUACUCACUUGUCUUUGUGGCCUGCUGGCUACCCUACCAUGUUGUGAUGUUCCUGCUGGUGGUGGAUAUCCUGGACCCAUAUCUGAUGUCCUGCAAUACUAUCGACAGCUUGUUCUUCUCUAUGGGCGUUGUACAGUGCAUCUCACUCUUCCAUUGCAUUGCCAACCCCAUUCUCUAUAGCUUCCUGAGCAAGAGCUUUCGUGCCAAUCUCAUCAGCGAUAUCCUUUCCCGUAUUUCCUCACCACCAUUCAGCAGUGCAGCCAAUGCAGCUGGUGGUAUGGGGAGGUCACAGCAGAAGGAACAAAAGCUCAGCAAUGCCAGCACCAGUCACUCAGAGAUAGGAUCCUAAUAAGGGAAGUUCCCAUUAGGUCAUAAUGAGGUCUCCUGAGAGAGAUGGGGAAGCAGUGCAUAUUGGAGCUUCACCUAUUCUGUGCUGCUGUGCAGAAAUAAGUUUCAUUUGUGUUUUGACACCUCCACAUAGCUAAGGAGACUAUUUCAGAAUUAUUCACAUUUUUUUUUGGUUUGGUAUUAUGGUACCUUCUAAAGUACUGCCAAUUUCUCAGUGCAAGGACUGAUAGGCAUUCAGAAAGAACAUUUUAAGAAACUAAAUUGUUUGUUUUUAUUGACUGUAAACUGUGGAGCUGGAAGGUCCAGUGGUGUCAAAUGUCCAUGUAAAGAUGUCCAUGUAAAGGUUAGGGGUUCCUGUUAGUAGUUUUAAAACAGGAAAGAAAAAAUCUCCCUGCAUCCCACUCCACAGGAAGCGAUGGCAUUACUACUGAGGAACAUGCCACAUGCCACAGACUAAAGGAAAUGUAGCAAUCAAACAUUUCCAGAUGAUGAUGAUCCGUACACUGGACAAAAUAAAUAACUUGGCGUCACUACUAAAACUUAUUGCAAGUUUUUUUGUUUUUUUUUUAAAUACUGUACCCUAUAUUAAACAGCCAUUUAUAUGAAAUAAAAUAUUUUUAAAAAGAUUUUUAAAUUAUAUUAUUAUUAUACAUAUGUUCCAUAUGCUCAUUUCACACAGUGUAAGACUCAUUUGCUCUUGGGAAAUUUAUGAGUACAUGCAAAAGCUGAGAACAUCAACAUCUUACUUCACUGUAACACCUGAAUAUGAAAAAUAGUUGGGGACAAAGUAAAGUGCUUCUGUUUAGAAUGAAAACAAUCCUUACAAAAUAUAAUACAUAAACAUAAAAAGCUAUAAAUAAAUAGCUGUAGAGCUUAAAUCGUAUGAUAAAAUACAAGGCUUUCUCUUUAGAAAAAUAUUACACAUUGUGGAAUUAGCCCUUUUUGGGCCCUUUUCACACUUGCGUGUUUUAGAACCUGGAAGUAAACAAAAGCUGGUGAAAUGGUGUUGCAACAGCAAAUAAAAAAAAAACAAAAAAAAACACAGAUUUAAGUUUCCAUGAUUUUCCGAGAGAUUACCAUAUGGAAGAAAUGGGUUACAUCAAUUUGGAGAGGGGAAGGUGCCAAAUGUACUAUCAUUUCUGGCAGUACUUUUGUGUGUAGACAGCACUGCAGACCAGAGGAGCUACACUAUAGGUUUGUAGACACUUGCCCAUCACAUCCAUAUGUGCUUUUUGAACAUCCCAUUCCAGAUUUAGUCCCCUCUUUGAGGUUAUAAUCACCUCUUCCUUUUGAUGCAUAGCCUGAGUGUGAUCCCCAUUGUAUAUAGAAGGCAAACACACCUGUCAUCAAGCAAGUUACAAAAAAGUCAUAGCUAACAUAAAAUCAAGCAACAACUAGCAUACAGUAGCUAUUACCAUUUUUCUCGAUUGCAUGCACAUGUUUUCUGAAAGCAUGGCUCAUUUUCUCCAAUCUCUAAACACAAAUCCAAAAAUUCACACAUAAAAAUCUCAACAAAGCACUUACAAAUGCAAAUACUGCAUUCAAAACAAUGUUAUGUCUUCUCAAAAUGAAAUAUUGUCUUCAAAUAACACACACACUAUCAAAUAAAUAGACAUUUCUAAGAACCAAUGGAACAUAGAUGUACUCAGUAGAAAACACUAUGAUGACUGGAAAACACAGCUAUGAGU